AUGGCUGAUGUUACACAACCUGAAAUCGCCACAGCGUACCAGAAUGUGAGAGAAAACAAGUCGGAUAUAAAUUGGCUUGUCCUCAAGUACGAGUCGGCGCGUUCAGACAAACUUAAGCUCGAAGCAACGGGCACCGGAGGCCUCGCAGAACUCCGCGAAAGUGGACAGCUGGGAGAUUCUGAAGUGGUGUAUGCUUAUGUUCGGGUGUCUUACGCGAAUGACAAAGAGAGUAAAAGAGAAAAAUUCAUCCUGAUUUCGUGGAUUGGCGCCAGUGCUGGAGUCAUGCGUAAAGCCAAGGUCUCGGUUCAUCUGGCGGACGUUAAAAAGACACUUGCAGUGUAUUCCAUAGAGGUUUCGGCCCGUGAAAUGGAGGACCUGAAGGAGGAGCCGAUUGUCAUUCGCUUGAGAAAGGCGGGAGGCGCGAGCUAUGAUGGUGUAUAA